AUAAUACAGAUAUUACAAAUAUAUGUAUACACAUAAUGAUAUAGGUAUAUUUUAGAUGCCUAUCAGUACCUAUUACAUAUCAUGAACCUAACAGUAUUUUUGCAUAGAUCUGUAUAAAACAUGGUAUUUUUUUUAAUUUUAUUAAUAAAUACCAUUUUAACGUAUAAAAUGAUUGAAUACGACAAAUUAAAUAAUUUGAUCUAAUAAAAUCGUUAGUUACAACCUUACUAACAAUAAGAUUAUAAGAUAUAAAGAAUGUUAUGUAACAAGUUUAUAGGUUAAUUUUGAUAUUUUGAAAAAUAACAGCUUUCGAUGCCGGAAAAUGAAAAAAAUAAUGAAACAAAUCUUGACAGGGAAUGGAUGAUAAGGGAUUGCGAUAUUUAUUCGGAUGAAUAUUCGGAUUGUACUAGUAUUAAAGCUCGUUUUCACCAGUAUUUUGUUUUCGGGACUACAUUGGAUUGUUCUCAAUGGAAACGAGAUUGCGAUAAUUGCUGGAAAUGGGUAAAAAAUAAGGACUAUAAAGCUGCAAAGGAAUUAAUUAAAAGUGAAUGUAAUAGGCAUUUGGAAAGAUUAAGAAAUCAUUAUGCUAAUGAUGUUUGGGAGAAACGUUCAUCUCCCCCAGAAGAUUGGGAAAAACCACUUCCAGAACAUAUGAUACAAGAAUAUGAACAUAGUUUUUUGCAUCUGAAAGCUAAAGAAAUGAGGGGAGACAUACCUUCAGAAUCUGUCUCAAAAUAUUGUAGCAUAAUGUAAAAAUGUACUGUUUAAAAUACUUUUCUAACAAUCAGAAAUGUCUUAUUUAUCAAUGUAUAAAUUGUAAUACCUG